UCAAAGACGGGGAGCAAUAUACCCUAUUGGGAUGGGGACCGGAGAUUGAGAUCCCUUUACCAUGCCAUCCCGAAAUCCAACCUUAUCCAUUUUCAAUCACAAACUUUUACUUCUCAGUUCUCACACUCCUCCUGGGGCUCAGCUCAGAGGCAUUCUCAUCAACCAUGGCCUGCACAAUGAGGCUAACUAAACCCAUGCGUGCGAGUUCACACGUACACAUAUCUUCUUCUAUGCCUAUUCACAGCUAUCAAGUUCUCAUCUUUAACACCAGAAAUAGCCGAAAGGAGUUCAAUAAACAGAGUGUAUUGUUAGGCCAACAGAACUUGAUUCCAGUUCCCAAAUCCUCCCAGCCAAACGACAGCGUUGUGCCAUCAGAGGAUGAUGAAAAUGGUGUCUCUCUUGGCACCAUGAAAUUGCCUCCAAACACCGAUCUCCAGCACUUCGACAGUUUACUUUUCCAGUGGGCUAACAGUCUUUGUCAAGGAGCUAAUCUGCCUCUUCCUAUGCCCCUCAAGGUACAAUUUUUGAAGAUGAAGAGGAUUGAUUUAGUGAAGGAUGAGAUCAAGAGUGACUAUUUGCCUGGAGAUUCACGGAAUAAGAGGACUUACCAAUUUUCUCAUGUAGAGGACAAGGUGAUUCUCAAAUGAGCUGAUAAUGUUUGGACUCAUAAAAAAGUGAGAAGUGGGCAGUUAUGAAAUGGGGAAGCAACCAGUUAUGAAAUGCGGAAGUGGGCAGUUAUGAAGAUAGUUAUGGGCAAGAAUAAGAGUGUGAAAUGCAAACAGUUAUGAAGGUAGUUUAUGGAGGCAGUUAUAGACAAGUAUAAGAGAGGGAUUUCGGAUAAAAGAAGGCAUGGAAAAUUUGGGUUUUGUUUGGGCAACCUUUGCUAGUUGAGGGAGAUAGCUAGCCUCUCGAAAGUCAGUGGAAGUUGAGAAAGUCUUGCCUCUCAAAUGCUAGACAAAUUGGGAAAGAUUUUGGUCUCUUGAAAGCCAAACCAAAGAUUGAAAAUUGUUGAUUAUUCAUUCUCCUUUUUGUUACUGUUUUGUGUGUAAAAGAAUAGCAACUCUUAUCCAUUGCAAAUUUGGUUGUUUGUAGAGUUUGCCAAGUUCAUAAUAGAAUGUAGAUAGCUUGAGAUUAUCUAUUAGAAUGAGCUAUAACUUCAUAUUUGCAAAAUUAA